CUGCCAUGUAUUUCUGAACAAUUUUCAUCAUUCCGGGCCAAUAUAAUUUUCCUGCAAUUCUCCGAUAUGUUCUAAAAGCACAGGAGUGUCCUCCUAAGAGAAGAGUUAUGGAAUUUUGCAAUAGUCGUAGAAUACAAGAAGAGUCAAUCCAUUGAGGAGAAGAUAGUAAAUUUAAUUCCAUAUCUUCAUGUUCCCGAGAUAAAGUGUUUGCUGUAGAAUUUGAAGAGCUAGGUUUAUAUAUUAUGGAGAAAUCAUACCCCAACAACUUGAUUGCACAUUUUCCAUAUGUUGGAGUAGUAAUAUGCUGAUCCAAAAGAUACUUCAAGCUGCUUUGAUGAGUGAAAACCAGAAAUUUUUUACCUAAUAAAUAAGGCCGCUAAUGGUGUACAGCUAAGACUAGGGCCAUCAUCUCGCUUUCAUAUGUGGAUUGAACUUGAGAACGAGAUGAGAGAGCUUUGCUAAAAUAUGCAAUUGACUUGUGCUCUUGCAUCAAAACAGUGUGUCAAUUCCUAACCUAGAAGCAUCGCGUUCCAAUUUCCAACAUAAAUUUUUUGGAAAAAUUUGGAAUUGCAAGAACAGGAGAAGUAGUCAAAGCUUGCUUUAGCUUUUCAAAGGCUGGUUGAGUCUCGAAUGUCCAUGCUAUCUUCCUUGACCUUCUUUCUUGAGCAGCUAAGUUAAGGGUUUGGCAAGCAAGCACCCCAUAAUUUCUGAUAAACCAUCGGUAAUAGCCAGUUAAUCCCAAAAACCCUCUUACUACCCUUAAUGACUUCGACGUAGGUCAAUUUAGAACAUCAUAAACCUUUGAAGGAUCCAUAGCCACUCCUGCGGCUAAACAACGUGUCCUAAGUAUUCGAUCAUAUUCCUAUCAAAUGAGCAUUUCUACCUGUUGAUGAAAAAUUGGUUGUUCAACAUUAGCUGUAGGAUAGUUUUUAAAUGGAAUAAAUGCUUUGACCAUAUUUUACUAUAAAUAAGAAUGUCGUCGAAGAAAACAACAAAUUGUUGAGGGUAAGGUCGAAAUAGAUCAUUCAUUAUAGAUGCUUUCAUUGGAAAGAUAUAUCAGAGACGCAAUAAGCCCACAACAGGAGGGAAUUCAUGCACUGAUUAAGCUCUCGACAAGGAAGGAAACAUGAAAUGGCAAUUAUCAUGGCAAUCACCUUCAAUUCAGGAUUUCAUUAUGUUGUCCAACAAUUACUCUAAUUAUUCUGAUUGUAAUUAGUGGGCAAUUAUUAUGUAAUUGAAUUCUAUUUUCUUAUUGUAAUUUCUCUUAUAUAAAGAGAUUAUUUACGUCAAUAAAGCAAGCUAUAUUUCAAACACAUAAUCUGAAAAGUCUGAUUUUGUCUCUCCUAACAAGUCUCGAGGUUCAAGGGCUCCCUCAUAAGAGCUCUACGUUUCAGCAAUCAUAGGUUCAUCAAGAAAAGGUCGAAAUAGAAAUAAGGGGCUGAUUCUUAAAGAAGACUUUGUGAUUUAUCGACUUGUGACACGAUCCCUUACUCAAGAACACAAUAAUUCGGUAUCAGAGCCAACUGUCAUGGGAGAUUGGCUUGAUUAUAAGGCUUAAUUAUAGAAGGUUACUAAUUAGGAGGAUCAGAUCUUUGGAAUCCUAAUUAGGUUGGAUUAUAAGGCUUGAUUAUAGGAAUUUUAUUCUCAUUGUAAAUAUUCCUUUUAGGUUGAUUCUUUGUAUAUAAAUACCCAAAUCUUGUAAAGGUCAAUUUAAUUGGAAUAGAAUCAAAAUUUUCUCCCAAAAAUUCUUCACUCAGCAUAUUCCUCAGCCCUUGUCUUGUUGUUUCUGAAUCGUUUCCUAUAAUAGACCCUUAGCGGAAUGGCUUGCGGCUUGGGUUCAUAAUCUGAUCUAUAACACUGGGAAUGCAAGUAUUAUGAAAAAAGAUUAUUCCUAAAGUUGAAUCAAGUAGUUUCGAUGGCAUUGACCCUAGGAUAUGGAUUAGCAAGUGUCUCAAAUUUUUCCAAGUUUGUGGAGUUCCAAAAGAUAAAAUGGUGGGAAUUGCUGUACAUGGUGUAUAGGCAGAAGCAGGGGAAAUAAAAACCCAUCUUGGAAAUAUUGUGAAGAAGCUUUAUGUAAAAGAUUUGGGGGCCAAGGGAUCGAGGAUAUUGUAGAAGAAUUUAUGAAAUUGAGGCAAAAGGGCAGUCUAGAUGAAUAUCAAGACAGAUUUGAGAAUCUCAGGGUUAGAAUGGAAGAGUGCCACCUGAGUUAUGGGAAUCCUACUUUCUUUCAGGAUGGAGGGAUGAAAUAAGGCUAAUGAUUAGGAUGUUGAGGCCUACUGAUUUAGCUCAUGCUUUUGAGGUAGUAAAGUUGCAAGAAAUGCUGCUACUGAAUAUCAGCAAGGGCAUUUAGGGUCUGUUUGACAUUAUUGUUGGCUGGUUUUUUAAAUAUACUAUUUAGAAAAUAUUGAAAGAGAAUUUAAAAUUAUUUUUGAUAUAAUUUAGUCAUAAAAAUACUAAAACAACAAAACAGUUUUUCACAACAACCGUUUUUCAAUGACAUUAAACUUGUGAUUUUUUUAAAAGCACUUUUAUGGCUUCCAAACUCAAUGCCAAACGUGCUCUCAUACUGCCAGAAACCUUUAUUUUCAAACAAAACCUGUCACCAGCAAUUAUAACAUUUACUGGACCAUUUAAAACAUCACAACUGCAUUAGAAUCUUCCUUCUGUGACUAAACAUCCAAAUGAUAGCACCUCAGCUAGUAAGACAGCUAUCCUAGCUGUUGAAUCAGCCAAUUCUAACCAAAGCUCUUCUGUUACUCAACUUGCAAUCAAACCUUCCCAACCAAUCAGUAAUCUGAACAUGAGGUGACACAAACCUUGUUUCAGAUGUGGAGAAAGGUAUUUCUCUGGCCACCAAUGCAAGCAAAAGUUUGUCAUAUUAAUACAGACUGAGAACUAGGAUGGAGAGGGGAUAGUGGAGGAAGGAGCUGAAGUGGAAAAGAAUGAUGAGAGGCUGGAAGGAGAGCAAGACAUCACUGUGUCAAGGACAGCAAGCUCAUGAUUUUGGUGGAUAGUGGAAUUACAGACAGUUUCAUUAUUGAGAAGUGGCCAAGGCACUGAACUUACCGGUUAUUCAAGUUAUUGUGGCUAUAGUUUCAGUGGCAGAUGGAAGGAAAUUGUCUUGUUCUUUUGUUUGCUUGUACUUAAAAUGGAAGAUAGAUGGGCCAUAAAUUCCCCUUUCCUAUAAGAAUUCUGGACCUAGCGAUGGUUUGAUGUUAUUUUAGGAGGGAUUGGAUGAAGAGUUUCAAUCACAUCCUUUUUUAUUUUCAGAAUCUACAAGUAACCUUGUAGAAGGGAGAGGUUCCAGUCACUUAGGAGCAGCACCUGACUAGUAACAAAGAGGAAGGGACUUCUGGUAGUGUGUUUGCCCUGUAAAAAGGUAAUGUUGCUUCUGAAUUCAGCAACAUGUUGACAAAUAUGUUGGACUAUUUGAAGAGCGUAGAGCCUUGCUUCCUUUUUGGUCCCAUAAUCACACCAUGCCUUAUUACCUUGGACCAAGACUUUAUUCAAGCUCAAUUUCCUGAAUUUCAACAUUCUUGGGGACAAGAAUGCCCUCAAGGAAAGGGAAUUGUUAUAUGUUACAGAAAGAAGUAUGGGAAUAAUAAGUGUAGUGUAAACAGAUGUGUGGAUAAGUCAAUAAAGGUUGCCUCUAGUGUUGGAGGAGAACUCUGAGAAUCAGUUAGGCAGUUGUAAUUGCUCUAGCAGGCGGGAAAGAGGGAAUAGAAGGAGGCAACAAUUCUUGCAUUCAUUAUCCUACAUUCAAGAAUCAAAAUUUGGGAUUGCAAGAACACCGUCUUGAUGGCGACGAAUAUGUUGCAGUGAUCGAUGAAUUCAUGGAGGCAGUGUUUACCCGUUGGCCACAUGUGAUUGUGCAGUUUGAGGAUUUUCAAAGCAAGUGGGCAUUCAAGCUAUUGCAGCGAUACAGGAAUACCUACAGAAUGUUCAAUGAUGAUGUCCAGGGUACAGCAGGGGUUGCAAUUGCUGGCCUUUUAGGAGCUGUAAGAGCACAAGGCAGGCCAAUGAUUGAUUUUCCAAAGCAAAAGAUUGUUGUUGCUGGUGCUGGAAGUGCUGGAAUAGGGGUCCUUAAUGCCGCAAGGAAAACAAUGGCCAGGAUGUUGGGAAAUAAUGAAUCUGCUUUCGAAAGUGCACGGAGUCAGUUCUGGGUAGUUGAUGCCAAGGGUCUGAUCACAGAGGAACGUCAAAAUAUUGACCCAGAAGCCCUGCCAUUUGCAAGGAAGAUCAAAGAAGCUAAUCGUCAAGGAUUAAGGGAGGGUGCAAGCCUUGUAGAAGUGGUACGGGAAGUGAAGCCUGACGUUCUUCUUGGAUUAUCUGCAGUUGGAGGAUUGUUCUCAAAUGAGGUAUUAGAGGCCUUCAAAGGGUCAACUUCAACUAGACCAGCAAUUUUUGCCAUGUCAAACCCUACAAAAAACGCUGAAUGCACUCCUGAGGAAGCAUUUUCAAUUGUUGGUGACAAUAUUAUAUUUGCAAGCGGAAGUCCUUUCAAUGAUGUGGAUCUUGGAAAUGGUCAUGUUGGCCACUGUAACCAGGGAAACAACAUGUAUCUUUUUCCAGGUAUUGGGCUUGGGACACUUCUCUCUGGCGCUAGGAUCGUCUCUGAUGGCAUGCUUCAGGCUGCAGCUGAAUGCUUGGCUGCAUAUAUGACAGAAGAUGAGGUUCUGCAAGGGAUCAUAUACCCUUCAACGUCUAGAAUACGAAAUAUAACAGAGCAGGUAGCUGCAGCUGUGGUGAAGGAAGCCAUAAAAGAGGAUCUUGCGGAAGGAUAUCGCGAGAUGGAUGCUCGAGAGCUUCAAAAACUUAACGAGGAGGAAAUCCUAGAAUUUGUGAAGAACAACAUGUGGAGUCCGGAGUACCCAACAUUGGUCUACAAGGAGGGCUGAAUAUGAUUAACUUCUCUGAAUAUGAUUAAGUUCUCUGAGCAUGAAGUCUUCCCAUUAUAUGUUGUCAUGGUUCCACCGUGUUGUUGAAUAUGAUUAAGUUCUCUGAUAGUUGGCAUCAGUAGGUUCGUUUCAAGUUUAGAUAUUCUUUGUCAUGGGUACAGGGUCUGUAGAUCUUAAAUGUGUAUACAACCCCCUUUCCAACUUAGUGAUUCUGUUUAUGCGUAAAUUCAGGCAGCCUACUUAAUGUAAUAUUAUCAAAAAAUUAAACUAUAUUAGGUUAUGAUUUA